AUGAAUAGAUAUGAUGAUACGAUUGAACAGCUAAAAAAAAAGAAUACUGUAUUCAGAAACCAUUUAAAUGAUUUAAUAAACGACGAAGAUAAUACGGAAAUAAAUAUACUCAAGCAGGUUAUGGCCCCAAUCAAAUCUACAAAUAAUCGACUGAAAGCACCUACAGAAACCAAUAACGCAUCGAGGAAUGAACCGGAAAUAAAAAGAGCAUUUAUAAAUGACCAACACGAUGAGUUUAAUCAAGCACAUAAGGGGGAUGGUGUAUCGAACAUCAAACGAGCACAUAGGGAGUAUUAUAACAAAUUCAAAGAGAAUAUAAAUGAGAUAAAAAACACUGACUAUCAGCUACCAAUAAGACAUGAUGAUUCUAAGAUUAGCGAUAAAUUGAAAGAAAUCCAACUCAACGAUCAAUACGAUAAAUUGGAAUUGAAAAAGAAAGAAAACUUAUUAUUGAAUAAGCUCAAUGAAAAAGAUGAAAUGCUAUCAGUCUUACAAAACAAAGUCAAAACUUUACAACAAGAAAAUCGCCAAUUGAUUGACCACAGCCACGAAUAUAAGCAUCAAUUACAAAUUGAAAGAGACCAAAAUAAACAUCUUCGCAAACUCGAAAUCGAUUCAAGACUGGCUUCAAGCCAAAACAGAAAUGAAGAAAUCAUUAGACUCAAAUCUAAAUUGCACGAAUUAUCAGAGCAAAAAAGCGUACUAAUGGAACAAAACCAAACAUAUGAUGCAGAUAUUGCGAAGUGUCAAGCUACCAUAAAAGACUUAACAAUAAAGCUAAUUAUGUACAAAAAGUCAAAUAACUCCGCUAACGACAGAAUCGAUCGUCUUCGUCUGAUAAACAGCUUCCUCACAACAACCAUUCUGAAGGAGACUUCCACUCGGGAUGAUACCGAAUCUUUGUUAGAUUCAACUACCAUUCGCCUAAUUUCCCAAUCUCCGAAAGAUAACUUCUUUACUCAGAACACAAACCUCUCUGCAUGUGAUGCAAAAAUGAAAUUUAGAGUCUUGAUCAAGAUGGUUAUGUUCGUUAUUAGGGUACAAAAUAUAUGCAAAAAUGAAAUUAACUUUAAGCACCAGAUAGUUCAAUUGUUGAAUAAUGAUUGA